AUGCCUUUGUUACCAUCGUCGUCCUCGAAUUACAGUAGUAGUAGUAGUGGUGAUAGUAGUAGUAGUAGCAGCAGCAGCAGCAGCAGCAGCAGCAGCAGCAGCAGCAGUAGUAGUAGUAGUAGUAGUAGUAGUAGUAGUAGUAGUAGUAGUAGUAGUAGUAGUAGUAGUAGUAGUAGUAGUAGUAGUAGUAGUAGUAGUAGUAGUAGUAGUAGUAGUAGUAGUAGUAGUAGUAGUAGUAGUAGUUGUUGUAGUAGUAGUAGUAGUAGUAGUAGUAGUAGUAGUAGUAGUAGUAGUAGUAGUAGUAGUAGUAGUAGUAGUAGUAGUAGUAGUAGUAGUAGUAGUAGUAGUAGUAGUAGUAGUAGUAGUAGUAGUAGUAGUAGUAGUAGUAGUAGUAGUAGUAGUAGUAGUAGUAGUAGUAGUAGUAGUAGUAGUAGUAGUAGUAGUAGUAGUAGUAGUAGUAGUAGUAGUAGUAGUAGUAGUAGUAGUAGUAGUAGUAGUAGUAGUAGUAGUAGUAGUAGUAGUAGUAGUAGUAGUAGUAGUAGUAGUAGUAGUAGUAGUAGUAGUAGUAGUAGUAGUAGUAGUAGUAGUAGUAGUAUUAGUAGUAGUAGUAAUAGUUGUAGUAGUACUAUGACGACGUUUAACAACGCAUGA